AUCUUGUAAACAUCCAUCAAAUGGCUGCGUUGCAAUGGCUGAGGGAUGGCUUUCAACCUUUCUCGCUUCUUCUUCCACUCAUCCUCCUUCUUGUACUGAUAAAGCUUCUUCUGUUCCAAUACAAGUCCAGAAAACACAGAUCCCAUCUUCCUCCUGGUCCACCUGCCAUACCCAUCAUUGGCAAUCUUCACCAACUCGGCACCAUGCCUCACCUAUCUCUGCAACGCCUUGCUGCAAAAUAUGGACCCAUGAUCUACCUUCAACUCGGAGAGAUCCCAACUAUUGUUGUUUCAUCUGCUAGACUUGCAAAGGAAGUCAUGAAAACCCAUGAUCUUGCUCUGGCAAGCCGACCACAGUUAUUUGCAGCAAAACAUCUGUUCUACAAUUGUACCAAUGUUGUCUUCUCUCCCUAUGGUCCAUACUGGAGAAAUAUCAGAAAAAUCUGCAUACUUGAGCUUCUGAGUGCUAAAAGAGUAGAGACAUACCGUUCUGUUCGGGAAGAAGAAGUUGCCCGUCUGGUUUCUCGGAUUGUAGAGUCUUCUCCGGGUACUGUGGAUCUGACUAAGUUUCUGGGUUUGUAUGCAAACGAUGUCCUUUGUAGGACUGUGUUUGGAAGGGACUUUUCAGAAGGGGGAGAUUAUCAUCGGCGUGGAUUUCAGAAGAUGCUCGAGGAGUACCAGGUUCUACUUGGAGGAUUCAGUAUUGGUGAGUUCUUUCCUUCAUUGGAAUUCGUGCACAACUUGACAGGCGUCAAGUCAAGAUUGGAGGACACUUUUCGACGAUUUGAUCAAUUGUUUGAUCAGAUCCUCAAAGAACAUGCCAGCACUAAGGAAAUAGAGGAGCAUAAUAAAGACCUUGUGGAUGUUCUACUCGAGGUACAGAGGAAUGACUCAGAUGAGGUGCCUCUAACCACAGAUAAUAUCAAGGCAAUCAUCCUGGAUAUGUUUGCUGCAGGAACCGAUACAACCUUCAUAACUCUUGACUGGGCAAUGACAGAGCUGGUGAUGAACCCUUUGGCCAUGGAAAAAGCUCAAAAUGAAGUGCGAGGAGUCCUAGGAGAAAGAAGGGUGGUGUUGGAGAGUGAUCUGCAUCAGUUGCAGUACAUGAAAGCUAUCAUCAAAGAGAUAUUUCGAUUCCAUUCUCCAGUUCCAGUACUGGUCCCAAGAGAAUCCAUAGAAGAUGUUACCAUAGAUGGGUACAAAAUUCCUGCAAAAACAAGAUUUUAUGUCAAUGCGUGGGCCAUAGGAAGAGAUAAAGAAAGUUGGGAAGAUGCUGAAACAUUCAAACCAGAGAGAUUUUUAGGGAGUGAUAUUGACUUCAAAGGGCAAGAUUUUGAGCUAAUACCUUUUGGGGCUGGUAGAAGGGGUUGCCCUGCAAUUACAUUUGCCAAUGCAGUUAUUGAGCUAGCUCUGGCUCAGCUGCUUCAUAGUUUUGACUGGGAGCUUCCUCCGGGAGUUUCAGCCAAAGAUUUGGAUCUCACAGAAGUUUUUGGCAUCUCAAUGCACAGGAGAGAUCAUCUCUUUGUCGUUGCUAAGCCACACUUUCCAUGAAAGAUUGAGCCAUCCCUCCUCGAUUUGGUUUUAUGAAUAAUGGAAUAGUUAUGUUCUAAGCAGGAACUAGAAAUUUUAAUAACUCGUUCCUUGCAGCACAAGUGUUUGUUUAUAAUGAACAUGAUGCAUAUAUCCAUCAUCAUUGUCUAUUGAUUACUUUCUCAUUGUUAUUUGUUAAUUUAAGAAUAUGAGAAACAUUUUUUAUGAAUAAAAUCACUUAUUCUA